AUGGCUUGCCCUGCUCUCUGGUCUGGAUCCCUUGUGGUCCUAGCUGACUUUGACAUGGAACUUGGAGCCCUGCGGAGUGUGGCGACGGUGUCUGUCCCUCUGAGCGUGCUGCGCCUGCUGGAGGUGGCCCUGACCUGCGUGAGCUUCAGCCUGGUGGCGUCGGUGGGCAACUCUUCCUCCUCCUACUGGGCCUGGUGCAUGUUCAGCUGGUGCUUCUGCUGCUUCCUCACCCUCCUCAUCCUCGUGCUGGAGUUCGCCCGCCUAAGCGCGUGCCUGCCCAUCUCGUGGGACGACUUCACCAUCGCCUUCGCCAUGCUGGCCGCCCUCAUGCUGCUGGCCGCCUCCAUCAUCUACCCCUCCGUGGUGUUCUCCUGCCCCGGCUGCGCCCGCCAGGUGGCCGCCAGCGUCACGUCCUGCCUGGCAUUCCUGGCGUACUGCGUGGAGGUGGGCGUGACCAGGGCGCAGCCGGGGCAGGUCAGCGGGUUCCUGUCCACGGUCCCGGGCCUGCUGAAGGUUCUGGAAGCGUUCGUGGCCUGCAUCAUCUUCAUCUCCCUGGAGCCGGCACGCGUGUCGGCGUUCCCUGGGCUGCAGUGGUGCGUGGCGGUGUACGCUCUGGCCUUCAUCUUCUCCCUGCUCAUCAUCAUCCUCACCGUGGGCCGCCUGCUGGGCGUGUGCCCCUGCCCGCUGGAGCAGGUGCUGGUGGCCUUUAACGUGCUGGCCGUGCUCAUGUACGCCACUGCUGUUAUCGUCUGGCCCGUCUACGCCUUCCGGAACAAUCCGCGGCCCUCCAACUGCCGCCACUGCCCCUGGGACGGCCUGGUGGUGGUCUCCUUCAUGACGUGCGUCAACCUCCUCGCCUACAUUGUGGACACCGUCUACUCUGUCCGACUUGUGUUCUUCAUCACGCCAUCUUAG